AUGUCGCGUUCGCUGAAGUCUACGGCGAGGGCCGCAAAUGCGGACCCGCCCCCGGGAUACGCUAUCGAUCCCAAAGCUACACCUAUGCUGCGAUACCAGGAGUCUCUUCCUCGGCUCCCCGUACCCACCCUCAGCUCGACUGCCCACAAGUACCUCGAGACUGUCCAGCCGCACCUUACACCGGAGGAGUUCGCGCGCACAGAGGUCGCGGUGAAGGACUUCCUCUCCUCCCCCUUCUCUGCCGAGCUCCAGAAACGCCUCCAAGCCCGCGCCGCCGACCCCUCCACGAAGAACUGGCUCGCGGACUGGUGGAACGAGGCCGCGUACAUGGGCUACCGCGACCCCGUCGUCGUCUUCGUGAGCUACUUCUACGUGCACGUCGACGACAAGCUCCGAAAGACGCCCGCCGCCCGCGCCGCCGCGCUCAUCAAGGCGAUGCUGCCCUUCCGGGAGCUCACCGAGAGCGGGCGCCUCGAGCCGGAGAAGGUCAGGGGUGCCCCGCUGUGCAUGGCCUCGUAUAAGUGGCUCUUCCACUCUUCGCGCUAUCCGACCAAGCCCUCGGACACCGCGCGCAAGUUCGACCCCGCGGCGCACAACCACGUCGUCUUCGUCCGCAAGAACAAGUUCUUCACGGUCCCGCUCGCCGACGCGUCGGGAAGGGAGUACAGCGCGGCGGAUCUGGAAGCGCAGAUCAACAAGGUCAUCCAACUCGCGGGCGAUGCGGCGGACCCGCAUCCUGUCGGCGCCCUCACCUCGGACAACCGCGACCUCUGGACAGACGCGCGCUCUGCGCUGCUCGCUGCUUCGCCGGACAACGCGAAGGCGCUCGAGGCCAUCGAAAGCGCGAUGAUCGUGGUCUGCCUCGACGACAAGAAGCCCGUCACGCGUGAGGACAUCUCCUGGCAGUGCUGGGUUGGGGAUGGGAAGAACAGGUUCUACGACAAGCACCAGCUCAUCGUCUUCGAUAACGGCCGGUCCGGCUUCCUGGGCGAGCACUCGUGCAUGGACGGCACGCCCACGCUCCGCAUGAAUGAGUCCGUGCUCGCGUCGCUGGCGCUCGGCAAGGCGGACCUGGGUCCAUCUGAACCAUCACCGUCGCUGCCAGAGCCCACCCAGCUCAAGUUCACGCUCAACGACGAAGUCAAGUCCGCCAUCAAGGCCUCCGAGAAACGCUUCGACGAGCUCGUCGGCGCGCAUGAUCUGUACGUGCUCCACUACGAGGGCUACGGCAAGAACGCGAUCAAGAAGUACAAGGCCUCGCCCGACGCGUGGGCGCAGCUCGUCAAGCAGCUCGCCUUCCAGAAGAUGUACGGGCGCCCGGCGGUCACCUACGAGAGCGCGCAGACGCGCAAGUACCAGCUCGGGCGCACAGAGGUCAUCCGCAGCGCCUCGAACGAGUCGAAGGCGUGGACGGAGGCGAUGGCGGACCCCGAGCGAAGCGACGUGGAGCGCGCGAAGCUGUUCCGCGCGGCCGUCGCGCGGCACCUGCAGUACGCGGCGUGGGCGGCGGACGGGCAGGGCGUUGAUAGGCAUUUGUUUGGGCUGAAGAAGGUGCUGAAGGAGGGCGAGGAUCUGCCUGCGAUCUACAAGGACCCAGCGUUUGCGCGGACGUCGCACUGGGAGCUGAGCACGAGCCAGCUGAGCUCGCCCUACUUUGAGGGCUGGGGUUAUGGAGAGGUGGUACCUGACGGUUACGGCCUUUCAUACGCGAUUGGCGACGAUUACAUCCGGUGGACGAUCACGAGCCUUAAGCGCAACACCGCUGAGCUUCGGCACUAUCUAGCGGAGGCCGCGACGGAGACUCGCGUCAUGAUGGACAAUGCCCUCGCCGCUGAGAAGGCCGCAGUGGCGCCAGCGGCCAAAUUAUAG